AUGGCGAUUAAUGAACAACCAACUGUUGUUCCCCCUGUAAUUCUGCCUGCAAAUUCGAAUCAAGGAGGGUUGCAUGCAAUUGAUUACAAUCAUCCACUGUUUUUAAGCCCUUCAGAUGUUAGUGGCAUUCAAAUCAUAUCUUUUCAACUAACUGGGAUUGAAAACUAUUCCCUACGGUUUCGAUCUAUGAGAAUGGCGCUAUUAGGAAGAAAUAAGUUGGUUUUGGUGGAUGGUACAUUCACAAAAGAAAAUUUCCCAGAAAAUCUGUGGAAUCAUUGGGAAAGAGUAAAUGCUAUUGUGCUUUCUUGGUUGAUGAAUUCUGUGAGUAAUGGGUUACUUGGUAGUAUAAUGUAUGCCUCAAGUGCAAAGGCUGUGCGUGGGAUGAUUUGCAUGAAAGAAUUUUGGUCAAAUGGCAAAUACACCUUGGAUGGAAAUUGCACCUUCACAAAAGAGCAGUAUGACCAUAUUGUGCAACUACUGAACAAAGACAAUUUAAGUGUUGCAAUACCAUCAGCUAAUGUUGCUUCUACUACAGCAACACCAUCAGCUAAUGCUGUAGGUAUUCCUUGUGCCUUAUUAGCCUCUAAUAACCUACAAGAAUGGAUCAUAGACAUAGGGGCUACAAAUCAUAUGGUAGCUGAUAUAGAACUGUUAAAUAAAGUCUCUCUAAUGCAAACAAAUCAGUUAAAGAAAGUACAUCUACCUAACGGAGAAACUACUCAAGUUACUCAUAUUGGAACUAGUACCUUAACAGAUCAAGAUAUAAUAACUAAUGAACUCUUCAGUGGGAGGGUGAAAGCGAUUGGUAAAGAAGACAGUGGUUUGUACAUUCUCAGUAGACAAAAAUUACCAAGAAAUAAUGCAAUUAGUUUAAAUACUAAGGAGACAGAAAUCAGUAAAGAGACUAAUUCAAAUGAUAUUGAACUCUGGCAUAGAAGACUUGGAUAUGUGUCUGCUACUAUUUUCAAGAAGCUAUUUUCUACAAAUGCACAAGAUAUAUCUGCUAAAAUAGAUCUAUGUACUACAUGUCCUUGUGCAAAGCAAACAAGGAAACCCUUUCCUAUCAGUAGUAUAAAAAUAGCUACUAGCUUUGAAUUAGUUCACAUGGAUGUAUGGGAUCCUUACAAAAUUCCUACUAUGGAUGUGAGAACAGAUAAUGGUACAGAAUUUGUUAACUCAGUUUGUGAGAACUUCUUUAAGAAUAUAGGAGCGAUUCAUCAAAAGACAAGUCCUUGUACUCCUCAGCAAAAUGGAGUAGCUGAGAGAAAGCAUAGACAUAUACUAGAACUUACUAGAGCUAUCAGAUUUCAAGCUAAUAUACCUAUCAAAUUCUGGGCAGCUUCAAAUAUCAGUGAACCAACUCUAUACUCUGAAGCUGUAAAGGACCCUAAAUGGAUAGAUGCAAUGAAAGCAGAGAUUGAGGCACUACAAAAUAAUCAUACAUGGGACAUAGUAACUCUGCCCACUGGUAAAAUUCCUAUUGGGUGCAAGUGGAUUUACAAGAUUAAAUAUAAAGCUUCUGGUGAAAUAGAAAGAUUUAAAGCUAGAUUAGUAGCCAAAUGUUUCAGUCAAAAGGAGGGAUAG